AGAAAUGACAGCCCACUGCCCAUGGCAAGGCAUCUCAGUGGGCUGGACGACCUUGGAGAUGACUUCUCUGCAUCACAAGGCAGGGGCAUCGUUGGCCCCCGCACGGACUUUGAGGUGAAGCUGGAUUUCAAGGCUGAGAAGACUGGCAUCACAAAUAAGAUGAUCCGACUGGAGGUUUCAGAGACAGAAAACAUCCUGGGCAUUGUUCAAGCUGAAACCAUCAAAGUCUCUGUGGAGGUCUACGAUGUUAAUUUGAGCAUCAACACGCCUGAAGGUGGGCAACCAAAGCCCUUGGGAGGGGAUGGCAUAGCAGGCAAGGGUGGCACAGAUCCAUAA